AACUCAAUGUCGUCGAAUGGCAAAAUAAGCAAAAUAAACCUAAAAGACAGUUGUGCCGGGUGCUGAAAUUUAAAUUUAUUUGAAUUGUUCUUCGGUGUGAAUAGAAAAUAAGUGAGAAAAUAAAUUAGCCAAAUGGAUUCCGCCUUAUUGUCGGUAUUGGCAGUGUAUGAAGAAAUCGGAAUACUUCGUUAUAAUCGACGGAAUCUGCGCACAUCCGGUAAUUUAAUGGAGCUUUCAGACGAUGCAUUCAUUAAAAGCUUUCGUUUGAAUAAAGAGGCAUUCCGAUACGUUUUGGGGGAAAUUGAACACGAUUUUUCCAACACAAAGAAAAGUGGCAUUCAUGUUAAGGAAAAGCUGGCGGCGUGUUUGAGAUUUUUCGCUGAGGGAAACUACCAGCUUGGAGCGGGAAAAGAUUUCCAUAUUGCGAUGGCACAGUCCACUUUUUCUAAGGUGUUAUCUGAAAUGCUGAACAUACUGGAGCGAAGAUUAUGUUCUAAGUGGAUAUCAUUGGAAAUGUCGGAAAAUGAACAGCGACGUGCCAAGCUUUAUUUCUAUGAGAAAUCUGGAAUUCCAGGAAUAAUCAUGUGUGUUGAUGGAACACAUAUAAAAAUAAUCCCCCCUAAUCAGAAUCGAAAUUUAUUUUAUAAUCGAAAGGGGUUCUACAGUCUGAACGUUCUCAUUGUUUGUGACGAUCAGCAGAGGAUCUGUUUCGUUGAUCCUAGCUUUCACGGAUCUAAUCACGAUAAAUAAAUUUUUAUUCUCCAAUACUAGC